UCCUUGCCAGAAGAGGCCAUAGCAGACAGGCAACCAUGUCCGGCGGUGGAAGGAAGACGGCGUGCGUCACGGGAGGGAAUGGUUACAUCGCUUCAGCACUCAUCAAGAUGCUGCUUAACAAGGGGUACACUGUAAAGACCACUGUUAGAGACCCUGAUGACAUGGAGAAGAACUCCCACUUCAAGGACUUGCAUGCGCUUGGGACCUUGGAGAUUUUCCGCGCCGAUUUGGGCAGCGAUGGCAGCUUCGACGAAGCAGUUGCCGGCUGUGAUUACGCCUUCCUUGUUGCUGCUCCGAUGGACAUGAAUGCAGAGAAUCCGGAGGAAGAUGUGGUGGAGGCAGCUGUUCGUGGAACGUUGAACGUGAUGAAGUCGUGCGUGAGAGCCGGGAGCGUGAAGCGCGUGAUCUUGACGUCGUCGAUAACCGCCGUCUCCGUGAGGCCGCUGCAAGGCGAAGAGCACGUGCUGGACGAGGAGUCUUGGUCCGACGUUGAGUUCAUCAGAGCCUACGCCAAGCAAACCCGUGCCUGGGCAUACCCAGUCUCCAAGGUGCUUCUGGAGAAGGAAGCUUCCAAGUUCGCGCUAGACAACGGCAUCAGCUUGGUCACCGUCUGCCCCGUCACCACCGUAGGCAAGGCGCCUGCUACCAAGGCCCACGCCAGCAUCCCCAUGAUAGUCUCCCUUCUAUCUGGAGACGAGGCCAUGAUCCAAACCCUUCAACGCAGCGAGAAGGCCAACGGCUCUACCCCAAUGGUUCACAUUGAUGACCUUUGUCGUGCGGAAAUAUUCGUGGCUGAGGAGGAGUCAGCCUCUGGACGCUACAUCUGUUGCAGCCUCAACACCACUGUGCUGCAGCUUGCCGGCUUCCUGGCAGCUAAUUACCCACAGUAUAACGUCAAGAUCGACAGCGUCGGCGAAAUUGGUGGUGAUCAGAAGCCGCCGAGAGUCUGCGUUUCGUCGGCAAAGCUCAUCAGGGAAGGAUUCGAGUACAAGUACAAUACCCUGGAGGAGAUAUACGGCGACGUCGUCGACUACGCUAGGGCCAUGGGGAUCCUAAAGGCCUGAUCACCAUAUAGAAAGAUUAUAUAUGUGUAUGAGGUUUAAUGUCAUGUGGGUGAUAACGUUCCACCGUCUC